UCCUGACAGGGUGGGUGUGAGGACAAGCUGUACAGUUUUCCUACUUAGAGGAAUAAUGUUUUGAUUUGGUAACUUCCUCUUGACACCUGAUGCAAUUGAUCACUGAAGGUGCAUUUGGAUAUCUGAAGCUGAUAAUAAGCAUUACCUUUUGCGCACCACUUAGUGAUUCAUUCAGGCUCUUAUGAAAAUCUACUGAAGCUUUGAUCAAAGCCCUCUUAAUCUGCAGCAAAAGUCUGAUCAUUCCUGGAUGUGGACACUUUGAUACUAAUCUGGCAACCAAAAGGCCGAAAGCUAUUGAGGAAACUUGAUACUGGCUGGAAAGGAAUUGCUGGGAUUUAUUAUCUAACUGCAUGUACGAUCAACUCUGAUCAUGCAGGAUUGGUUAGAAUAUUAAUAUUCUCAGUGAAUCCAGCAGUAGCAUCAGGAAUUGUGCGCUGCUUUGCGUUUACAAUAACACCAAACCCCACCCUCACCCUGUGUUAUGCGAUAACGGAAUGAAGGGAGUGAUGGAUAGUCACCUGGACCUCAGUUUCCUGACAGAGGAUGAGUAUCAGAUGCUCUUGAAAGUUAUUCAGAGGGAUUCUGAACUCAAGAAAAAAGACAGUGAACGAAUCAGGACAGCACAAAAAUCCAUUCAAGAUGAAAAGAGAAGGAAGCUGGUUACUGGACUGUGGUUUGAGGAAGUUAAAGCAAAACGUUACCGGAAUUCUUUACUUGGGGUGGACCUGAUCAAGGCAUCAAUAAGGAGGAAAAAACCCAUAACACAUGAUACUACUCAGAAAAGUGAAUCACAACAAACUCAGCUUUCUCGAUCGUACCCUAUCCCAAACUCAUCUCAAACUGCCACAUAUGAAGAAUCAAGGUUACUACUUUCAAAUCUGUCGUUACAUCAAAUCUUUUCAAUCAUAAUGGCUGCUUCUGAUAGAAUAGAAAGUCACCACGGGGCAGGGAUUGACAAACUUAAUAAGAAGAAAAGGCAGCAAAAAGAUCAUGCAGGACCUAGAGUAUCCACUCCAGUAUCUGAGCCAACUGUGGAGUGGCAGAAACGAGCCAAGAGUGUAGAUAGUCACUAUCCAGAAACCUAUCAGAAUCCCAUGGGCUCUGACAUAUUGACUGAACUUCAGAUGAGACAUACUUCCAGUGUUUCUCGAAUUCCAAGAAGAAUAAAUUCUAUUGGUACCCCGGGAGAUUUGAGCAGAACUGAGGAGUCAAGAACACCAAAUGACCUUACCUUUGAUCAGGAUCAUGUACAUGGUUCACAAAGGAUUCCUGCAGGUUUUAGCACCAAGUCUCCUAUUGGUGAGGAAUCUCCAGAUACAAUGAAACAAGAUAAUGAUGCAGGCAGCUCCUAUGAUGCAAAGCAAGCAAACCAGGCAUCUGAGAUUAGGGACCAAAGAACUGCUUCACCUGAGGGUAACAGUCAGACUCCAAGAGAGCAAAGUCAUUUAGAAUUUACAGGGGAAACAUGGAAGGCUGCAGAAGAGCCUGAGCACAGUAACUUGAAUGGUCAGGGAUUAAUCACAGUCUCUGCAGUAGUAUCACCAAUGAAUGAAAAGGCCCUGGAUGUGCCAAAAUCCAAGAAGAGCUUGGCCACUCACUAUAAAGGGGCUCCCACUUACAAGAUUCCAGAGAGCAGUGACAAAGGGAAAAUGCAUACGUCUAACAUUACCCAGAUUCCAAAAUCGGACAGAACAUCCAGAGAAAGUGAAACUGUGACAACCAAGAAGCCUGAAGGCUUUGCCUCUGAGUCAGGUCCACAAGGACUAUCAUCAGCCAAAACUAAUGAAGACCAACAAGCUUACAAUACACUUGAGAAAUUGAACCUGUCACCCACAUCUCGAAUUCCAAGACUGAAAAUUGCUUUAGAGACAGCAGGGGAAACUCCAAAAAUACCUAUUGAGGAUCUGAAGCCAUUGAGUAGACAGUUGGCAGGUCAGAAUGGGACUACUGAGGUGACUGACCAAGCAAAGGCUGCCUUUCAACCUACUUCCAGGAUAGCUAAAUAUCAGUCAUCCUCUUCUGAUGAUGAGAGAGAGAAAGGCCAUAAACAAGGUGCUGUGUUCACUAUAAAUGCCUUAGGUAAUAGGCACCUUGAAGAAGAAGCCCUUACUGACCCCAACCGUUUCAAAAGCCUGAGGCACUUUUGGGAAAAAGGAAUUGAAUCCAAUAAAGCAAACAGUGAACUUCCAAGCAAUGUUUCCAAAAUUCCAUUUAGAAGACUCAGAUCACCAGAUUACAAAAGCUGCCCUACUGAAGUAAAGCAAUCCACAACGCCGGAGUCCAAGUCCGCUUUGGUAACCAAGGAAAUUCCUUCUACAAAUAGCUAUCCUAAAUCAGAACUUCAAGGGAACCAAUCAAUACCUCAUUCCUCUGAGGAAGGAGAAGCUGUUCCGUUAACUUGGACUAGCAAGUUACCUCCUGUUCCUGCUGCAAGAGCCAGACCAACUGUCAAAAUUGGAAAGUCAGAUGCAUGGAUGACCAAGUGGGAUCAACAUGCAGAUACAACUCCUUCCAUGGUUGAUGAAGUAUCUAAAAUUAAUGUUCCGCAAGCUCAUAGUGAUGACAAUCAGACAAAGGACUCCAUUGCAGUGGAAUCCAUUGAACAUGGAAAAGCUACAACAUUGAUGCAUUCCAAACACUCAAGUUUGGAUGAAUCUUUGUCAGUCAUGAAAAGCAGUCAAACUCCUGCUGAUUGCAUUGUGGAGGAACCUAUAAAGAAGGAGAUUCUUCCAGCAAAGGAGAUCGAGAGAAAGGAGAUGUAUGAGAAGAUAAAGAAAAUGGCACUUGAAUCAGCUAAAGAUGACACACCAUCAAAAGAGGAGCUCACAAUGAGAAAGGAUGAUGAUAAAGUCUGCAAUGAGAGUCCAAUUUUACUUUACAAUGAUUAUAAAUCAGAGUUGAGGACACCAGCAGACAAUUAUACAAUAAGACUUGAUGAAGAAGGUCAAGUUUGUCCAAAGGAGAGGGAUGAGGAAAUCAUUCUACGGUCUUCCCAGUCUGAUUUACCCACAUUGGAACAGGAUGUAGCUCCAGGAAAAAAUGAUUGCACCAAUAUUCCUUUGAAGAGCCAAGCGGAAACCCUGGUGGAAAAGUCACCUGAAGGUGAUCCUGUUGAACCUCAAACCAUCCUGCAAUACAAUAAACACUUGCUGCCAAGAAGUGUAAGUGAAGUAUCAACAUGGUUAGACACAAAGGCACAUUCAGGAGAUGCUAAAGUGAGAACAUCAUCUACAGAUGAAUUCCAUUAUUCAGUUAAUCUGAAACCUGUAACUGUUAGAAAACCUAUAACUAUUGCUAGUACAGAAGGUAGUGAAGCUGACCUUAUGGGCAAUGCACUAAACAGUAAUUCCAGUGCGCAGGAGGAGGAAUCUUCAAACGUUGUCCAUCGUAUGGAUGAUUCGGAAGGUCCCAUUUAUGGAUUGUCCCCUGUAAUGAAGGCUUUAGCCAGAGCUAAGAAGAAUAAUGCUAAGAGUAUGGACAACCUAAACUCUACAGUAGACAGAGAAACCAUCACUUCUUCAGUGGAUGAGAGUGAAGUAAAAAGAGAUGCAAUGCUAAGGCAGCUACAGCUUUCAGUGGUUCCACAUCUGUAUAAAAUUGAGAAGAGCGUUCUCCUAAUCCAAAAACUCAAUCUGUCUGUCUGGCACAAUGACACACUGGGCAGGAAUAGUUUUCUGGGAGAGGUGGAUGUGGACUUGGGCAGCUGGGACUGGAGUAAUCGAGAACUUAACUGGUACCUCCUAAAGUCGAGGUGUCCCAUGGUGGGAGUUGGAGUGGAUCACAGAGGAGAAAUAAACCUGGCUAUCAAAUAUGUACCACCCGGCAGUUUAGGUGCUGGAGAUCCUCCCACUGGAGAGGUACAUAUCUGGAUGAAAAAUGCUAAGGAUUUGCCCCAGCUUCGAUCGUCUGGAGUGGAUUCAUUUGUGAAAUGUUAUGUGCUUCCUGACACAAGUAAGAAGAGUUACCAGAAGACUCGGAUUGUGAAGAAGGACACCAACCCUAUUUAUAACCAUACUAUUGUAUACGAUGGCUUCAGAACGGAGGAUCUGAAGGAAGCCUGUGUUGAACUGACAGUAUGGGAUCAUGAAAAACUGACCAAUCAUUUUCUGGGUGGACUCAGGCUGGGUUUUGGCACAGGAUAUAGUUAUGGAAUCCCAGUAGAAUGGAUGGAUUCCACAGAGGAAGAGACAGCUCUCUGGCAAGAAAUGGUGUCAAAUCCUAAUGAAUGGAUACCAGGCUCCCUGCUACUUCGGUCUCAAUUGGGAGGCAAGAAGCUUAAAUGAAAUAGCACUUUGUGCAAAAAGACUUACAAUGGUCUUUACUGCCAAAAUAUUUUGUGUCAAUCAGCAACUGAACUGAUAGUGCACUGAGUGCACUUGAUAACAUGAAUCAAGCCUUUUUUUCUGAUUCAAAUACUAUCACCUAGUAAAAUGACUGAAUCUAUUGCCUUUACAGACUUGAAUCUUGAAUCCUUUUUAAAGAAGCCAUUUCAAAUCUUUGUACAAAAUCUAUUUUCUGAACAUUCUUCUAUCCCAACAUUUCCAUUAGGCCCUCGACAUUUCUAUGGUAGUUUUUGACUUUCUGUGUCCCAUCUGUAGCCCAUUCCUCAAUUACAUGAACAUGUAAUUUCAAUAUUAUUUCUCUUCAAUCCUGAAUAUUGUCUUGCUGACAUAAAAACAAAAAAAAAAUUAGAAGGAUUCAGCAAGACUUGCAGAAUCUGUGAAGUGGGAAACAAGAGUUAAUGUUUUGGGACUAUAGAUCACAAUUGAAAUGCCAUUGGGAAAUGUUAACACUGUUGUUCUCUUCAAAGAUGCUGCCUGAACUACAGAGAAUUUCCAGCAUUUUCAGUUAAUCUAGAUUUCCAGCAUCCAUAGCAUAUUGUUUCACGUAAUUAUCCUUCUGAAGAGAUUCUCAGGAACACUCCAAUGUUUUAUACCAAAGAAUGAUGGAACGUCUGCCACUACCCAUAAUUUUCCUUUACAAUGAGCUUCUGGUUUAAAAAAUGAUGUGGAGGUGCCGGUGUUGGACUGGGGUGGACAAAGUCAGAAGUCUCACGUCACCAGGUUAUAAUCUAACCUACAGUGAAACCUUUCACCUGAUGAAAGAGCAGCGCUCUGAAAACUUGUAAUUUUAUCUGUUGGACCAUUACCUGGUGUCGUGAGACUUCUGACUUGGUUUCAAAAAUGCCACCCAGGAAGUUUCUGAGUAGAGGCCAGUUAAAUAAAUAAGAACCAUUUCACUUAGUGUUUGUAUACCUUUUUAAAAAGCUCCUUUUUUUUUCUGACUACACAGUAAGUGAAACUGAAUUCCAACACUUAAACGUCACCAGUUGAAUGGGCUGUGAGCCACAUAAAGAAAUACUGAACAGAGUUCUAUCAGAGGAGAAAUAGUUAUUGAUAGCCCUUGAUACAUACUGACAUUUGCUAACCCAGGUGGUUAGUAAUAUGGAGGAUGGUCUUUACAUCCAUUUUGCUUUAAAUGACUCUUCAAUUUAGUCUAUAGGUGAUUUCCCCCUCCCUCCACAUUAAUUAUCAGUUGUAAGAAAUUCAGAUACAAGGGGUUUCAAUUAAAAACUUACCAGCUCUCCUGCUUAAACUGAUACUAAUGUAUGGAGCACUUUCAACAAAUUAGCUUUUACUCAGAUUCUAAACACUGCAGUUACUUCCCUUGCAGAAAUGCCAUAACUGAUAUAGUUCAGAAAAUAAGUACCAUAGGGAAGGAUCAUAAAUAGAGCCAGUUCAUGAGCUAUAACAUCCAUCUGGCUAAAGUGGGUUAGAGACACGUCUGCACCUGAAUGGCUGAAAUGUUAUAGUAGAAAUGGAUCUGUCAAAUUGUUCAGUUAGAUAAUUACUGUUUCAUUUGAGGAAUUAAUUUCUGUAGAUUCCUGUUUGUAGAUUAAUGUUUGUCUUACUUUUCAAAUAAUUGGAUUGUUUGCAGUGUUGUAUGCAGCACACAUUCUCUGCAUUCCAAAUGCUCUUGUUUUAUUGCCAGCAAUACUAACAAAUAGGAGGCAAACAAUAUUCUAGAUGAAUGUUGAAGCUUCCCUUAUGUCAUAUUAUAACUUCUUAUGUUUAGUCAUUUGCUCCUCCUGUAUGGUGCACCAACAUUGUCUUUGCUGUACAUAUUAAGACCCUUCAGUUAAUGACAGAAAUUUAAAGUUUAAGCAUUGGCUACUAACUACAAACGGUAAAUUGCAUUGGUGUGCUUUAAAUAUGUUGAAGCUGCUUCAAGGACUGUGUCAUCUAGCCAGUCUAAUGUGGUGGUUGGAGACUUUGUGUAACUUUUUUAAAGUUUAAGUUCUAAUUGAAAUAGAUGAAAUAUUAGUAAAGUUUGUCUACUACAAUGUGAGACCAUUUAUGAAUUCUUUCCUCUCUUCCAUUUACCAUCUAUAUUUAGCAGCCUGAUAGAGGGCUAACUGAACAUAGUGAUCAUAGGAGAAUAACUUUUGACAUCAAUAUUGGAUCCAACUCUGUUAGUCUGAUGGAGAGUGUAGCUAUUUAUCGCUCCAUUUAUAACUGGACCACAUUUCACUUGUGCAUAACAUCUUCUCCUCCUUGUAAUUUUCUCCCUGGAAAUAAUUGAUUUAUUGAGCAAGGAAGGCAUGAAUAAACCUUAAAAAAUUGAGAUGAGGUUGUAUGCUUUCACCUCAUUCAUAAUAUAUCUAAAAUCUCUACAACUUUCCACCAUUACUUAAUGGUUUUGUCGCUGCUAUUUUCUGACAGAAUUUGUAUUUCAAUGUUUACAUGUUGUAAUAUAUUUCAGUAUCUGAUCAGCUGGUAUUUAAUUUUAUUAAGAUGGCAUAAAGAAUUUCCCAGGCUUCAGCCUAAAUUCAGGGCAACUUUUUGGUGUUAAAUCAAUGGAUCUCAAUAUUGUUAAAUUCAACUUGCGUGAUGCUAAUUUUGUUUUUUAUUCAAAUUGAAUUUAAGAAAUCAGAAGUGAAAACCUGAGCUAUGAUUUCAUUUUAGACAGACAAUAAAAGAAAUAAUGAGUAUGUCAGGUUCAUGUGUCAACCAUCUAAAAGUUUUCUCAGGCUGAUCUAACAGUUGAAAAAAUAUAACAUCAAAUAUAGGAAUAAUCAAUUAUAAAUGUCAGUGUAACCAUGAUAUAAUAAAUUGAAAUGACAUCUU